AUGGUGCCUGAAGAGUUGCUGUCGAUGUUUAAAGAACUCUCAAUGGACGGCAAAUUGCCUCAUAUACUCGAAAGAACAACACAAGAAAAUACAGAGGCUUCUCUCCAACUGGCGCGCCUUCAAAGAGAAAAAGAAUGGUUGGAGUUGCGACUAACCAAAAGAAGAAAAGAUAUUCAAUUGGAGCGCUCGCAAGUGGAGGCACUCGGCCAGCAGAUCUCUGCCAUUGAAAGGAAAUUACAGUGGGUGGAGAAGAAGAAUGAAUUUGUUGCGGAGACAGCAAAAGAGAGGAGACAGGCGGAUGUUGUAAGGAGACAAAGAGGGAAACAAGUUAAAGGAUUGCUGAGGGCAUUAAAUAGGGAGUCUCGUCUCCAAGUAGAGAGAGACAUAUUGGUAGGUUAUAGACAGGAGGCAGGAGGAGAGACAGGAGGAGACAUAAGGAGACAGGAGGAGACACUCAUCAUCAUAUGCGGUGUAUUGUCAUCUCUUUUCCUGUUUUAG